AUGGAGGACGAAAGACUUCCUACAAAUAUUGUCCCAAAACAUUAUACUUUGGAUUUGAAGCCUGAUUUCGAUUUAUUUAUAUUUUCUGGGAAAUGUCUCAUGACUAUUGAGAUAGUCGGCUGCGUAAACAUCAUAGAACUAAACUCCGUCGACCUUAUUUUCGAGUAUGCAGACUUGCACUAUGCAGAUGCACCCUGCGACACAAUUCCUUGCAAAAUCCUUAUGGACCCCAAAAAAGAAAGGGUCAAAUUUAUUUUUAGGGACCAUUUACAAAAAGGAAAAGCAGUUCUGCAGACUCUUUUUGUCGGAGUACUCAAUAAUAAUUUGUCAGGAUUUUAUAGAACCACCAAAAGACCUGGAGCUGCUACUCAAUUUGAAAUGAAAAAGGCAAGAUGGUGUUUUCCUUGUAUGGACGAACCAAGUUACAAAACGACUUUUGAGGUUAUCUUAACAAUUCCUGAAACCGUGACAGCACUUUCAAAUAUGCCAGCAAAAUGCCAGGAAGUGACACCAGAUGGCAGAGUCAUCGCAUUUCACAAAACUCCUAAAAUGUCCACGUACCUUCUGGCAAUUGUCAUCGGGCAGUAUGAAUAUCUGGAGCAACUCAACCGAGACAAUGUCAUGAUUCGUGUGUAUACCCCAGUUGGUCUGACGUCUCUUGCCGAUUUGGCCAUGGAGGCGGCUGUGAAGAUGUUGGAAUUUUUUGAGGAUUAUUUAGGAGUUAAAUAUCCUUUGCCCAAAUUGGAUAUUGUUACGAUUUCUGAUUUUAGAGUUGGGGCGAUGGAGAAUUGGGGACUCAUCACUUGUUUUGCUAUAUUUUUGCAAACGUACUGUUGCCUUGAACUGUAUCCAGAGUACGAAUGGAUGUCAAAAUUCCUAAAUUUUGUUCUGGUUUAUGGAUUGGCCAUAGAUGCUUCGCCCCCAGACGAUUUGAGCCUGGAACAGUACACCUCGGACAGCAUGAGCACGCCCUUAAAGGGCGCAGUCGUUUUGCGAAUGAUCAAACAUCAAAUUGGCGACCAAUUAUUUAGGCAAAGUGCCAAUUUGUUUUUGCAUCGAUUCAAAUAUAGCACUUGCGAAACGAGAGACGUCUGGAACGUUUUUGACGAAGUCAGCGGAAUGGCCAUUGGUACUCUGAUGGAUACCUGGGCAAAUCGUGUCGGUUUCCCAAUCUUGACGAUAACUUCUAAGAUGUGCAAUGACACGCGAGUUCUGACCAUAACCCAAACAAAAUUUAUGCACGAUGGCAGUAAGGAUCCGAAUGGUGAUAUUUGGAUUUACCCAUCUCCAUUUUGGCGGAAUCGUGUCCAAACGAGCACAAUUAUGGACAGCGAAAGUUUAACCAUAAGUUUACCCGGAGUUGGUGCCGGAGAAUGGAUUAAAUUAAACCCCGGAGCCGUCGGUUUCUAUAGGAUUCUUUACACACCGGAGGAAUUAGAAAAGCUUAAAAAAGCAAUAAAGUGUCAACAACUACACGCCCUGGAUAGAUUCAACAUUCUGAAUGAUGUCUACGCCAAUUCCAGAGCCGGUUACAUGCCCAUGACACAGGUAAUGAGUUUCAUGGAAUCCUACAUCGAUGAAGACGAGUACACAGUCUGGUGUUGCAUUUUGAACUGCCUAAUAAAACUUUGGGAAAUGAUGACCAACACCAAACUUUUGGAAAAAUUCAACACGUUUGCAUUGAAAAUCAUGAACAAAAUCAAGCCAAAUGUAAAAUGGAAUCUGUCCUUUAACGAAAGUCCGCAGAACAAGUUUAUGUCGAAUUUGAUACUGUCCUCGUUGGUGCAAUUUGGUGACCAGGAAUCUAUUUGUGAAGGACACAAGAGGAGCAUGUCAAAGGGCCAUGCAAAAUGCAAUCUGAUCUCUGGACACCUUGUUUUUAUGCUGCCAUGA